GUUAGCUUUAUACGUCUACGAAUACUUACUGCAUGUAGGAGCACAGAAAUCUGCACAGACCUUCUUGUCAGAGAUUCGAUGGGAAAAAAACAUCACGCUGGGAGAGCCGCCUGGGUUUCUGCACUCAUGGUGGUGUGUAUUUUGGGACCUUUACUGUGCAGCUCCUGAAAGGAGAGACACUUGUGAACAUUCAAGUGAAGCAAAAGCCUUUCACGAUUAUAGUGCAGCAGCUGCCCCGAGCCCCGUGCUUGGCAACAUUCCUCCCAACGAUGGGAUGCCCGGAGGCCCCAUCCCGCCGGGUUUCUUUCAGGGUCCUCCGGGGUCACAGCCCUCGCCGCACGCACAGCCUCCACCUCACAAUCCCAGCAGCAUGAUGGGACCCCACAGUCAGCCUUUUAUGUCACCGCGAUACGCAGGCGGCCCCAGGCCCCCGAUCAGAAUGGGAAACCAGCCGCCAGGAGGAGUUCCUGGGACACAGCCAUUGCUGCCCAAUUCCAUGGAUCCCACACGACAGCAAGGCCACCCCAACAUGGGAGGAUCAAUGCAGAGGAUGAACCCUCCCCGAGGCAUGGGGCCCAUGGGUCCUGGCCCACAGAAUUACGGCAGCGGCAUGAGACCACCACCCAACUCCCUCGGCCCCGCCAUGCCCGGGAUUAACAUGGGCCCGGGAGCUGGCAGACCCUGGCCCAAUCCCAACAGUGCUAACUCAAUUCCAUACUCCUCCUCAUCGCCUGGCACCUACGUGGGACCCCCCGGAGGUGGCGGCCCUCCAGGAACACCCAUCAUGCCUAGUCCUGCAGAUUCAACAAAUUCCAGUGACAACAUCUACACAAUGAUUAAUCCGGUGCCGCCCGGAGGCAGCCGGUCCAACUUCCCGAUGGGUCCUGGCUCGGACGGCCCCAUGGGAGGCAUGGGCGGCAUGGAGCCACACCACAUGAAUGGAUCCUUAGGAUCAGGCGACAUAGAUGGACUUCCAAAAAAUUCUCCUAACAACAUAAGUGGCAUUAGCAAUCCUCCAGGCACCCCUCGGGACGACAGCGAGCUCGGAGGGAACUUCCUCCACUCCUUUCAGAACGACAACUAUUCUCCAAGCAUGACGAUGAGUGUGUGACCCCCUUCUCCAGGAAGCUGAGAGAGCCAGCCUUGCAGGCGGGAAGAUACCAGGAAUUAUGCAAGAAGUGAGGUGUCAUUACCAGGAGCUGGGGAGGGCGCCUCCCCACUCUCCUCAACCCUCUCCUCCACAUCCCACCUUCCCCAAUUUUAGUUUCAUGCAAUAAAAAGGCUGAACUUUUUAUUCCAUAAAACAUGAAGGACAAAACUCAAAAAUAUAUUUCAAGUCAACGACCUGGAAAACCCCCACCCCUUGCCCUUUCCCAAAAGGAACUUUUCUGUACAUGACACUUUUUUGUUGUUGUUUUUUGUUUGUUUGUUUGGGGUUUUACUGUUGCUGGGAUUUUUUUUUUUUUUUUUUUUAAAUUUGUUUUCAGGAGGGAUUUCUUUGGGAAAAAAUUUUAAAAAUGGAAGCUUCUAGCAAGCCCCCCACCUCAGCCAGCCUCUUGCUUUCUUUAAAAAAAAAAAAAAAAAAGGAAAAAAGAAGAAAAGAAACCACAAGCCCUGCUGUCUAUCUGCCCCCAAGCCCUACCACCAGGAAAGCUAGUCUAGGUGUGAGAUGCCACACUGUCUUUGUAGCCAUCUAAAAAUAAUAAUAAUGAACUGGACAGUUUACAAUCCGUAGUUUCUUUAAAAAAGCCUUUUGGGGAAGGAAACGAAAGGAAGCCGCCCUUCUCUGCUUGGGGAUUUCGGUUUGUGGGACAGCAGGGGCGGACAGGAACCUGCUUUGUUUUGGCCUUGCUGGCAACAGCAGCACACCUGGACCUCUGGACACAGCCCAUCCUGUGGCCCCUGACCGACCUCCUCCGGGACUCCUGUGGUCGCCGCUGCUGUGACCUGACCGGCGCAUGCACUGUGUCCCCAGGACGGCCUCCUCUCCCUCCUGGGCCUCCUUCCUGGCCGCCGCCUCCAGGCCUCCGCAGCCGUGCCCUGGCCUCCCAGCGAGAAUCCUGCCCGCCGGGUGGUGGCCCUGAGCAGAGCAGGUGAGGCCACCACCAACAGGAUGGCUAUGACCUGGGACUUGGAAACCACGACCUCUGCGUUCUGGGCCCGAGAUAUUGCAUUGUCGCUCUGUGCACAGGCAGGGUGGGCUGGAAUCUGGGUUUCUUUCUUUUUUUUCCUCCUUUUUUCUCUCCUCUUUAUUUGCCCUCCUUUCUCAAAGAUGGGCUGUUGACCAGAAUUGCUCUGUAAAUGCUUGGAACUGGAUGGAAGACUUCAGCAUAGCUGUGGGGGGUGGGGGGGAGCACCAGAAACCAAACAGACGUGCUGUUUCCAGUCCUGUUUUUAUUUUCAAAAACCGAUGAACCCGACGGUGGAGCCUAUCCCCUCCUAGGAGGGGUGACUCAUGACACCUCACCCCCCUGGAAACCUUUGUGUCUCGCCCUGGAAGACACCAAAUUCUUUGUACAUUUACACUCCCCUCUCCUCCUCCCUACCCCUGUAGCUGGUCUUUGUUUUAUUACCGCCCCUUUCUGAUCCAUGUAUAUCAUAUUAUGUGAGAUACCAUCUGCCUGAAAAAAGACCUUGUGCGGAUUAUUGGGAACAUUGUAGCUGUUUCUGUGUUUUUUCUUACCUUGUAGUCUGGUUCUGAAUUACGAGAGGAAAAAAAAAGUAAUUAUGAUACAUUGUAGUUUGUGUACGAUAUAUGUUGAUAACGUUUUAUUAAAGGGACAUCUUUUUUCCGCA